AAAAAAAAAAAAAAAAAAACUAGAGCAAAAGGGGACAAAAAAAUGUUCGAAUAGAAAAUAGGUUUACUGAUAUGUCAGCAUUAUUACUGUUUUGCUGAGGAAAUACAAAUUCCAGAAGAUCACUGUAUAUUCUUUUUAAAUAAUUGACCUUUAAUUGUCAAUCGAUAUUCUCCAGAUCUUUCAUGCUUCGGGGUUGUCCCUGGGCAAGGCAGUGUUUUACCCCCCCAUGAUUGUCAUGCAGGGACACCCAAAUGCAACCCAUCUCCAAUGAGCUCAACCCCCCGAAGCAUGACGUUUACAUCCCCAUGCUUCAAAGUUGACAUUAUACCUCAGGCAUUGCACUCUUUGUCUGAUGAACACUGAGAGUGGAAUUGAUUAAAAAAAAGAAAAAAAAAGGUUGACCUCAUCUGACCUCCAGGCCUUUUCCCAUGCCACCUCUGAAUCAUCCAAAUACUCAUCGGUAAGCCUCAGUUUGGGCUGCGCAAAAGUCAAAUAUAGUGGGAAAAUGUCCGAGUGUAUCUGCGCCGAUGGGAGGCGGAGUUUGCCAAGCUGCUGCCACACUGCUAUGACCUUGGCAAGCCAAACACAUCCCUGCAAGCUAUUAGCCCCCCCCCCCCUCACACCGCAGCCCCCUCAAUGGUAAUACGGUGUAAGACGGCCUUGUGGCAUUCGAGUUGGAGAACAAGCCUGUAAUCCACCGGUGCCUCCUCGCAUGGGGACCGUAAGGCUAAUGUGAUCCUGACACAUUGUCCCAGUACGCAUAAUGGCUUCUUUUCAGGCGCUCCUCAGGGGAGACCUGGGAGCCUGCGCUUUAAGAAGUAGUAGCCGGGACAUGAUCUCAAAGGGCCAAAACAUGGUUUAUGAUGAUACAGAAUGCGACUUGUGUUCGCUUCAUAAUAUUGUGUGUGAGCACUAAUGGUCCCAGUGGUCAGGCCACAAUGUGGUGUGACUUGCCUGGUGCCAGAGGUCAACACCGAAGACGGUCUGUGAUGGGACGAGGGCGGGGUCCAACAAGAUCCCUUUGGUUCCAUCAAGGCAGGGCUUCUGUCCAAUGUCUCUGAUUCUGGAUUCCUUCUUCAUUCUUCAUGUUUUUGUAGGAUGGUGACACCAGACAUUCCGGUCCUUCUGCUCUUGAUCGUCAGCGCAGCCGCUCGCACGAGAAUUGCUACUCGGGAUGUCUUGUAUCCGUUUGGACCCGCCCACAUGGAUCUGGAGACCCCCAAGAUGGAUGACGGGAGCUCCCCGGAGAUUCCUCUGCUUGUGCCCUUCAUUUUCUUCAGUAUCCCCUACCGCACCAUCUACGUCAACAACAAUGGCGUGAUAUCCUUCAGCGAGCAUGUGAGCCAGUUCACGCCAGAGGCGUUCCCCCUGAGUGACAGCCGGUCCUUCAUCGCCCCCCUCUGGGCGGAUGUGCACAACGGAAUCCGUGGAGACAUCUACUACAGGGAAACCACCCUGCCGCAGAUACUGGAGAGGGCGACGCAUGACGUCCGCCGGCAUUUCAAGAACAUCCCCAACUUCACGGCCACCUGGGCCUUCGUCGCCACAUGGCAUCAGGUCACCUUCUACGGCGGGAGCCAGACCACCCCGGUGAACACAUUCCAAACUGUGCUAAUCUCAGAUGGUGCCGUGUCCUUCGCCUUGUUCAUCUAUGAGGAAAUCACUUGGAGCACAGGCACGGCCAGUGGCGGAGAUCCGCUCACCGGACUAGGUGGCACCACAGCUCAGUCAGGUUUUAAUGGCGGGGAAGUUGGACACUUCUUGAACCUGCCGGGAUCGCGGAGCAACGAUGUGGUGAACAUUGAACAGACGACCAAUGUGAACAUUCCCGGACGCUGGGUCUUCCGCGUCGACCCGGAGCUGAUCGAUCCCGCCAAUGGCUGCAGUUACAAUGGUCGUUUUUACAGACGAGGGGAGGUCUUCUGGCUGUCGGACCGCUGCUUGCAGCGAUGCCGCUGCCUGGACGUGGACAACGAGGUGCUCUGCCAAGACGCUCAGUGCGGCCAACUGGAGACCUGCGAGCAGCAGGAGGGAGCCUUCUACUGCCAGCCCACCCGCACCAGUACCUGCGUGGUGUUCGGCGACCCGCACUACCACACCUUCGACGGUCUGCUCUACCACUUUCAAGGAACCUGUACCUACCUGCUGGCUCGGCCGUGCUGGGAAGCGGCGGGGCUGCCCUUCUUCAGCGUGCAAGCUCAAAACGAGGACCGUGGCGUGUCUGCCGUCUCCUGGCUGAGAGAUGUAACCGUGGAGGUGUACGGUCACCGAGUCACGUUGCUGAAAGGAACUUUGGGAACUGUUGAGGUGGAUGGCUUGUUGAAGACUCUACCGGUUCAGCUUCAACUCAGUGCCGUUAGAAUCUACCAGUCCGGGUUGGCUGUCGCUUUAGAAACAGACUUUGGACUCUUGGUGACGUACGAUGGGCAGCACUACGCCUCCAUCUCCCUGCCAAGCUCUUACUUCAACAACACGUGUGGCCUCUGCGGGAACUACAACGACGACCCCGCCGAUGAUCCCGUCCUUCCCGACGGCACCCUUGCGGAAACCGUGGCCGAGCUGGGCGGCGGCUGGCGAGCCGAGGGCGCUGACUGGCAUUGCACUGACGGUUGUGUGGACAACUGCAGCGUGUGCGACGCGCAAACGGAGGCCUUCUUCUUUGGCCCGGACUACUGCGGACUCAUAAACAAAACGGACGGCCCAUUCAGGGACUGCAGAGCCGUGGUGGAUCCCACCGCCUUCGUGUUCAGUUGUGUCUACGAUAUGUGUAGCAACAAGGACAACAUCACGACACUCUGCCAGGCCAUCCAGGCCUACGCUCUGGCCUGUCAGGCACUGGGCGUCACCAUCCGUCCCUGGAGGUCUCGCACUUUCUGUGCGCUGACAUGCCCGCCGUUUAGCCACUACCAAGUGUGCACCAGCGCCUGUCCAGCCUCCUGCUCGGAUGUCACCGCACCCUUGUACUGCGCCCACCCUUGCACCGAGGGCUGCCAGUGCAACCAAGACUACGUCCUCAGCGGCAGCCUUUGCGUACAGCGGGACGACUGUGGCUGUGAGCACAACGGCCUCUAUUACCCACUCAAUGACACUUUUUGGGCCGGCCCAGACGGUCACGAAGGCGAAUGUAGCCUCCGCUGCACCUGCGCGGCCGCGGGCCAAAUCUCUUGCUUCAACGAGUCUUGCAAGGAGGGCGAGGUGUGCACGGCGGAGGUGGGCACGCUGGGUUGCUACCCUCGGCGUGAGGGGCUGUGUUCAAUCGCUCAGAACGCUGUGACAUCAUCCUUUGACGGCGCCUUCCUGCUGUUCCCAGAUGACAGCUCCUACUACCUGCUGAGGCUGUGUGGCGCUGUGCCAGCUAAUGGCUCAAUGGUGGAGGUGAAGAUAGGCAGACGGCUGGUGAACAAAGGCCCUGCUUGGAAAAGACCUGUGGUAGUUACGGUUGCUAGCCUGGAGGUUCAGCUGGGAGGGCUGGAUUUAGAAACAGUCAAGGUCAACGGCGAACCAAUCGCCCUCCCCUACGUCCACCCGACGCAAACUAUAAAGGUCUACAGAGCAUCAGGCAACGCCACAGUGGUGGAAUCCCGCCCUCAUCUUCGCGUUCACUACACACAAAGCGGAUCCAUCAACAUCUCCCUCUCCACCGCAUUUUACAACGUCACCUGCGGCCUGUGCGGAGUCUUCAACGGCGAUCCUGCCGACGACUUCCGCCUCCCCAACGGACGCCUGGCCGAGUCAGCCUCGCAGUUCUCGGAUGGCUGGCGUUCCAUCGCUGAUGACAUCAGCUGCAACGGAGACUGCGACGACUUGUACCGCACGUGCACGGACCUGCGCCUCUACCAGAGUCCGAGGAUGUGCGGCAACAUCAACGACCCCGGGAACAGCUCUUUCGUGGCGUGUCACGGUGCCGUCAACCCGUCGCCGUUUUUCCGGAACUGCUUGUACAACAUGUGCGUGAAGGACGGCAACCGCUCGGCGCUGUGCUCCUCGCUGCAAGCUUACGCCGCCGCCUGCCAGGAUGCUCAGGUGGUCCUCACUUCUUGGAGGACGGCCACCAACUGCCCGCUUCCCUGUCCGGCCAACAGCCAUUUCGACGAGUGCGCCAGCGCUUGCCCCCUAACGUGCGCCGGGCUGGACCGGCCAGAGGUGCCCUGCCUGUUGCCGUGCGGCGAGGGCUGCCGCUGCAUGGACGGCUUCGCCCUGCGGGACGGCCUGUGCGUGUCACACAGCGACUGCGGCUGCGCUGGCCCCGAUCUCGACCGCCGGCUGCCCGCCAACCACACUUUCUGGACGGACCGGGACUGCCUGGAGCGCUGCUACUGCAAUGGGUCGGACAACGACGUGUACUGCCUUGCGGCACCUUGCCUCCCCGAGGAGUACUGCCAGGAGGACUACGGGUUGUACUACUGCAGGCCUCGCACCGAGGCCCUUUGCGUGGCGGCCGGUUACGGCCACUUCCUGCCAUUCGGCGGCGUCCCGUUUGAGCUACAGAGCUCUUGUAGACUGAGCUUGGCCACCACGCACUGCGGGGGCAGAGACGGCGCAAGCGGGAAUGGAAGCUUGCCUCCGUUUAAAUUAUUAGCUCUUAAUGAGGACAGGGAAACAGGACAAGCGGUUUGGGUGAGAGGCUUCGUGCUGGAGGUCUUUGACUUUGAGAUCGAGGUGUCCCGAAGUUACAAGAACACCGCCAUGGUGAAUAAGGACCGCUUGUCCCUUCCCGUGAGGCUCGGGUCAGGAAAGGUUACCAUCUUCACUUUGGGCACGCUGCUCAUCCUGGAGACGGACUUUGGUCUCAAGGUGGCCUUCGACUGGAACACCCUGCUUGUGUUGACUUUACCCCGUCACCUCUACAACGCAUCCUGCGGCCUCUGCGGGGGCUUUCCUUCAGCGCCGGCCGCCAGCAGCGUCGACGACUGGGGCGCAACCUGGGCUGACAGGGAUGCUUUCUGCCAGGUGGGCUGCGGCGACUCGUGCCCAAGGUGCGGCCCUGGGGAUAAAACCCCGCCGGACGAUGGUGCUUUUGCUUCGGCCGAUGACGACGACGACGACACGGACGACGACCACGCUACGGAACUCCGCCUCCGUCUGCGAGACGGUCUCUACGUCUUUGCGGAGCCUGAGGCGGCGAGGCUGUGCGCCCUGACGGCGGAUCGACGGGGCGCGUUUGCACGCUGUCACGGCAAGGUGGCGCCGGAGUUCUUUUACCAAAGCUGCCUGAGGGACAUCUGCUUGGAUGGGGGCGCUCAGGAAACCGUCUGCGGUUGGCUGCAGGCCUACGCCACCACCUGUCAAAUGCAAGGGGUACCUACCACCGGCUGGAGGCGCGGUGCGCCAUGUGUCCAGAGGUGUCCGCCGAACAGCCAUUACUCCAGCUGCGUGCCGGUCUGCCCGCCCCAGUGCGCUCCCGCCCGCAGCCAGAGGGACUGCAGCCAGGAUUGCGUUGAGGGCUGCCAGUGUGACCAGGGCUUUGUCCUCAACGGCAAGAGCUGCAUCCUGCCUCAAGACUGCGGCUGCUACACUGACGGGAAGUACUACGAGUCCAAACAGCUGUUCUGGAAUGGCGAUUGCUCCAAACGUUGCCAGUGCAUCGGCCGCAACCUGGUCCAGUGCAACCCGCGGCGCUGCAAGGCGGACGAGGAGUGCGGCCUGCGCCACGGCGUGCGCGGCUGCUUCGCGCGACGCUCCCAGCAGUGCGUGGCGUCGGGCGGAGGCGUGUUCAAGACCUUUGACGGCGCCUCGCUGCGCCUGCCCGCCUCUUGCUCCUUCGUGCUGUCCACCAACUGCCACAAGCUGCCCGACCUCUCGUUCCAGCUCAUCGCCAACUUCGACAAGUGGAGCGUGCCCAACCUCACCACCAUUUCCCAUGUCUACCUCUACAUCAACGAGGAGAAGAUCCUCGUCUCGGGCAACAUGGUCAAGGUGAACGGCACCCCGGUGUCGAUGCCUUUCGUGACCGGUCUGAUGACGCGCCUGUCGGCUUCGGAGGGCUUCGUCGACAUCGACUCGCCGCAGGACAUCCGGUUGCGCUACAACCGCUUCAACACGCUGAGCGUCAGCAUGGGGGCGCGGUUGCAGGACAAGCUGUGCGGCCUGUGCGGCAACUUCAACGGUGACCCCGCGGACGACUACAUCACCUCUACGGGGAGGGCGGCCGGAAGCGCUCUGGAGCUCGCCCAGAGCUGGAAAACUAACGGCAUUCAGGACAGGUGCGACGAGACCCAGUACGUGGCCCUGGCCCAGUCUUGCGACAACGCGGCCGUGCUGGCGCUGCAGCGUGAGGACACGUGCCUGAAGCUGACCGAGCCCGAGGGUUUCUUCCAGCCGUGCCACGGCCUGCUGGACCCGCGGCCCUUCUACCGGUCCUGCUACCUGGACGGCUGCUACAACCGGCGCGGCGCCCAAGUGUGCGGCUCGCUGGCCGCUUACGCCGAGGCCUGCCGCUCCAUGGGCGCCCUCACCACCAAGUGGAUCGCUCAAGAGAAUUGCUCAGAAUGGAUCUACGACCCCUGCGCAACAGAGACCUGCACAAACUUCACAUGCGAGCUGGAGAAUGGUGGCGACCUGUGCGGAUGUCCUGAGUUGCCCCCCAGCCCUGAAGGUUGUGACGACGAUGUGAUCGAGGCGGAGGUGACGUGCAAGCCCGCCGUGAUGGAGGUGUCCAUCUCCAAGUGCAAGCUCUUCCAGCUGGGCUUCCAGCGCGGCGACGUUCGCGUCAACGACCGACGAUGCGCCGGCGUGGAGGGAGAGGACUACAUCUCAUUCCACAUCAACAACACCAAAGGACACUGCGGCUCCAUUGUGCACUCAAACGGGACGCACAUCACGUACAAAAACACCGUGUGGAUCGAGAGCGUCAACAACACGGGCAACGUCAUCACUCGGGACAAAACCGUCAAUGUGGAGUUCUCCUGCGCCUACGAGCUGGACCUGAAGAUCUCGCUGGAGACGGUCCUCAAACCCAUCCUCAGCGUGAUCAACCUCACCCUGGCCACCCAAGCAGGCAACUUCAUCACCAAGAUGGCGUUGUACAAGAGUGCCUCAUACCGCCAGCCCUACAGGGAGGGCGAGGUGGUCCUCAGCACGAGGGACGUCCUCUACGUGGGCGUCUUCGUGGAGGGCGCGGACGAAAACCAGCUCAUCCUGGUGGUCAACACGUGCUGGGCCACGCCGUCGCGCAACAGCAGUGACCGACUCCGCUACGUCAUCAUCGAGCGAGGAUGCCCCAACGCCAAGGACAACACCAUCGGCAUGGCGGAAAACGGCAUGUCACUCACCUGCCGCUUCCACGUCACCGUCUUCAAGUUCAUCGGCGACUAUGAGCAGGUGCACCUGCACUGCGACGUUUCGCUGUGCGACGCUGAGAGGCACGCCUGCAAAGUGAAUUGUCCGCCCAAGAGGAGGAUGUCGUCCAAGGAUGGGUUACUCAAAGAUCACGUUCUCAGUGUUGGACCCAUUCGAAGACAAGUGUCGGACUGGUGCGAGGAGGACAACGGCGGCUGUGAGCAGAUGUGCACCAGUAAGGCGAUUGGUCCUGUUUGCAGCUGCGUCACCGGGAUGUUGCAAGCUGAUAGGAAGACCUGUCGAACUCCGAGUUCCAGCUGCACACUCGCACCUGCUCCCCCUCUGCUGAGCGCCGUCGUUUCCGCGCACCUGCUUCUCCUUCGCUGACGCACAAUCGUGCACAGAAGAGACUUGAACGUGCAAAAGGGCGUCUGUUCGAUUCGUCACUUCCACCUUCUUCUGUCCUUCGCUCUUUCUAAGGGUCGUCGCACUUGAUGUCCCACGGUGUGUUUUCUGUCAUCAUCACUAGGUGGUGCUGUAGAAUGAACAUUUUAGUCUUCAAAUGUCCUCCCAACACAGGGGCGGGGAACCUCUGGUGGCAAGGUACUCGUUGCAAGUUCUCAUUUUCAGGGAAAAGCCUUCAGAGUUUACAUCAAGACAUGUUCAAUGUUACACACAAAAAACAAAAAAAAGAUAUGGAAAAAAAAUACAAGAAAAAAUUUGAAAAUGUUUCGGGAAUUGACAAAGAAAAACAAGACACAUUUUACUUUUUUUCCCUAAGAAUUAUGUUCUAAUCGUAAAAAAUUAUCACAAUAAUAUUCGAGCAUGAAGACAUCAUAGCACAAGAACUGUUGUCAAUUUAUGAAGGGGGAAAAGCCGUUGUUGUACGACAAAGAAUUACAAUUCUGUGAGCAAAAAGUCGUAAUAUUCCAAGCUAGCAUUAAGCCCCCAAUUGCGAAAAGGUUCCCCAGCCCCGAUUUGUCGAGGGAUUGUACAGACGUCAAUCGAGUAACGCGGCGCUGUACCUCAGGAAAUUCCCUCAUGCGUGACUUUGGCCGUGUUGUCUAAACACGACAUGUGACGUCUGGUCUGCCUUUUUUUUUUUUUUUUUUUAUUAUUUGUUCUUUUCAGCGACUGGGACGAGGUGGUGUGUUUUCAUUUUGAAAGGUGACAUGCUUUUACUGAGAAAUGAUGACCACCUCAAUGUGAUCUUAAAAUCGUGAUUGGUCCGUUGAUUCCAAACUGUUUUAGGGACCCACGAAAAAAAAAUAGUGCUAGGCGUAAGUGCAGAUGUUACAAGAAGAAUUUUCGUUUGAAUACAAAUUCAUUCUUUUAACAUUUUUUCCCCAUCAUAACUGUACAACUUUAUUCUUACAUCGAAAAAAAAUUCUCAAACUGUUGACACGUGACUAUUGCUGCUCGAUUCGCGAAAUUUUUAUUCUUGCAAUAUUCCGACUCUUCUCAUGACAUUGUGACUUUGUUGUUGAAAUGUUCUGACUUGGCUCAUUCUCUCAAUCGUGACGUUUUGGGUUUUUUUUCCUCAUGAGGUGGCAACUUAAUUAGAUUUGAUUCUCAAAAUUGUGCACGUUUUUUUAAAGAUGUUUUGACUAUUCUCAUGACAACUUUUCGCGCAAAAAGUCUUUCUCAAACUUUUAUUCAUUUUAACAAUAACAACGUGAUAGUACGAUUUUAAUUUGACAUUUUGACGUUGUUCCCCAAAAUCUUGAGCUUUUUUAGGUCUUGUCACGAUAUUUCGUGCCGGUUAAUUGUAUAUUUGGGGUGUGGGGGUUAAAAAUUGAACAUCGAAGGGUCGUUACAAUUCUCUUAGUAUUUUUCAUCAAAUUUUUACUCAAAUAUUUGCCCUUAGAAUAUUCUGACUUUAAUCUCAUAGCAACGCUAAUGACUUUAUCUAAUGUUUUUUUUUUUUUUUUUUGACAAUAUUCCGACUUUUUUUGUGUGUGGGUGGGUGGCUCUCAUGAUCACGUGUUUUUUUUUUCUAAUAAUCACUCCCACUUGUUCUGUACAUUUGUGACGAAGCAAUGAAAGAAAUGUUUAAAUGUUUUGUGUGACUUUUGAAUAAAAAGUUCUCGUCGUCCGUGCGACCGA